GAUGUAGAGGUAUAUUUCUUAAUGUACGGCCCGCGCGAACUCUACGAGCAGACGAGCCUAACCACGUGGGAUACGAUAGUGCCACAAUUAUCAACUAAAUUAAACGUGUUGUCGGUUCGGAUACGCGGGGCCAAUACCCUCCUUCUGGUGCGAAUGACUGACGAUGCACUGACGACGAUAUACAACCUGACCAAACCCCAAAUGAUGAAGAUGAGUAUCAUCAAGUAUUCGUUACUACAUUUCACAUCGCUCGCACUAGAUGAUGCUGACCGAAAGAUAAUGACAGGCAUGGACAGUGCCAGUGAUAGUAACACCAACCCCUCCAGCUCAUCAACAGACUACCUAGCCAUUGCCUCGCUGGUGCUGUGGCUGGUAUGCAUGCUGCUGCUCUGUCCCCUUCUCGCAUACACCGUCUACCGAUGCUACAAAGCACGCCAAUCCUCGGCCACCAGUGAAGAGGAUCGGUUAAAGAAGGAGAUGGAUACGAUGACUCAGAAGUUUGCCAUAGCUCGUGGUGCCAGUACUUUAUCCGGCAUGUCCGUACCCUCGCGUGUGGGGAGUAUCCGAGAGAGCUUCAUGGGCGGGUCUACUAGCACCUACAGCAUGGGUACCAGUAAUAGCAGCCUGCAGGGCGACCCCAGUCGACCGGCAGAACGCACUCUGAGUGUCAAUUCGGCGCUCUCGCAACAAGACAUCGCGCGAAUGCGUUUGGAACAGCAGAUCAUUGUGAAGGAAGCCAAGGCCAAGAAGCCUUUACUACGCAUACCCCUGCAAGGGAGUUCAACCACCCUUGAUCUCGGGUCCAGCAGUAGCAUGGGAUCGCCCAGUUUCAAUGGCUUGUCCGCGGGUGAAAGUUUGGACUCCUCGAGUGUUAAUUCUAAAUCAAUGACAUCGUCGGGCUACUCACGUUCACUGUCUACAGGCAGUUUACGCGGUAAAGAGCCAGAAAUUGCUAACGAUGGUUCGGCAUCUCGUUCAGUAUCGCUAUCUAAAAAAAUGAGCGUCAAGAAUCCACUGCAUCGAGUUAUCAUAGAACCGUUCUGAAACACGACAUAUUUUAAAUCAAUUACAACAAAUAAAUACCCUUGUAAAUAGC